AUGGCGCGGGGGAUUGGACGGAAGCUACAGGUGAUGAAGAAGCAGGAGAAAAUCUUGACAAUUCAAAUGGGACCCCAGAGACAACAGAGUUUUGACCAAUUGCCACUUGAAACAUCGGCGCUGGAUCAUUCCCACAAACCUCAGAUGGCGUUUGAAGCUAUGGUUGAUGCAAUUGCGACGGAGUGCAACGCUGAGAUUAAAUUGCGAGGCCGUUUGAAUGACCAAAUUGCUGAUGCUACCCUGAGACUGCAAAGACGAGAUAAAAUCCAGAUGCCUUGGGACAAUUUGCCGCACAAGAGAGUUUGGCAUUCAUUUAGCCUUGAAGGUCAGUUCAAGUUGCCCUUGCUGGGGAGAUUUGACAAACUCUCCUCCCAGCCUGUUGACUCAAUCAUUGAGGCAAAGCAGACGCAGUGGAUUUCUGACCAACCUUUUGCAGGGAAGCGGCUCAUGGCAUCGAGAUUUGCUCAAUCUGAUGAUGCUCUUCUUUCAGGAGCUCUAUCCAAACUCAGGAACAUCAUCCUCUUCAACCCAGCGGACUCACAGUUGGGGAGGGCCUUAGUCAGCAAAGCCGGGUCCCUCAUUGCUGAGGACGUUCUGCAAAAAUCGUUGAGAGACAGCGUAGCUGGCAAAGCGGUGAGCACCAUUGUGAAAAGGGUGUCAGAUUACAACAAGUUUGCACACUUCCUGGUCACCACUUGCCACAGGAGACCGUUGUGCCCAGAUGAGAGUUCUUUUUACCAAUAUGUAUGCCACAUGCAACAGUCUGGUUUUGGAGCCACAGCGGGUGCUACUCUGUUGAAAGCCUGGUCAUUUUUCAGAUACACUUUUGGGGUAGACGCUGAGAACCAAGCGUCUUUGAUCUCUGGCCGGGUUCGAGGCGUUGUGAACAGCAUGUUUGCCACCAAGAGGAAAUUGACCCAGGCGCCACCUAUCCCUACAGACUAUGUGUACAAGAUGGAACUGUACAUGAGAACAGGCAAGAGCAGUCAGGUACAAACUGUUGUUGGCUUCAUGCUCUUCUGUAUAUACAGUUGUGCAAGAUUUGGAGACGCAUCGAGGGCUGACCCAGCAUGCUUGCAGUUUCAGCAUUCGACUUCAUCUGAUUUGACCCUGGUGGAGGCGAACCUCAGCGAGUACAAGACAGCCACUGGUGAAAGAAGGGCAAUAUUGCUGCCCUUAAUCGCAUUGGGGUGUGGACUGGAUGCAUUCAGUUGGAGCGCAGAGUGGCGUUUAGCACGGCAGCGCUCAGGAGCCGACGGCAUGGCAUUUUUGAUGUGUGCUGACGAUCACAAUGGUGAGAAGUGGUUGCCCAGGCGUAUGACCACGGCUGAGGGAUCGUUCUGGCUGAAGGACAUCUUGGUCAUGUUAGGCAUGAGCGCUGACCGUGCCGCUGCUUACAGUACACACUCACUGAAGGCGACUUGUUUGUCUUGGGCUGCAAAAGCUGGGUCUCUCACUAUGCAGGAGAGGUUGUGGCUUGGACACCAUGAGUCUGAAGAAAGCCGCAUGGCCAUAACCUACGCUAGAGAUGCGUUGGUGGGGGCCCUCAUCAAGUUGAGGAUGAUCGUGGAAUCCAUCAAGAGCGGGCUUUUCGAUCCAGACUUGUCCAGGGUUGACAGGAUUGCGCAAGCGACAGGCCUGACUGUCGACCCAAAGACAAUUGCGGAGAAGUCCCAGGUCGAGGAGGAAAUGGAAGCUCGACUGAAUGCUGAUGAGAUGGCCAAAGCUGCCCAGCUUGGAGAGUCUGAUGUGGAGGACACGGGUGCUGUCGAGGCCAACCCUAUAAGCUUGCCUGGCGAGCGUGAGGCCUUGGGCAGGAACCCUUUCCCGCAGGUCGACCUGGCGUGCUGCUUCAAACACAGGUUGUCUGGGAUUGUGCACUUGAUUUCCGACACUGAAAAGCUUAGCUGUGGAAGAAAGAUCACAUGCAACCUGGUCCCCAUGAAGGGCGACGAAGAUGAGCCUGGCCAAAUGGAGUUCUGCGAACAAUGCAGGGCUGUGAUCGGCACUUGA